CGUCGACAAAUCACAUCUUCAGGACUUAAGAAAACGCGUUCUAGACGCGAAUGGCGUCAUGUUGAACCAUGCUAGUCCAUAUGUUCCUGCCAUCGCGGUCGGAGAUUCUGAUGUGCCGUGGGGCAACCAGAGCAACCGAAACAGUGGGUGAUGAAGCGUCGAUUGACGCUUCUGGAAGGCUUUGGCUUGAAAGCUGACCGGCGCGCCAAAGCGUGUAUCAAGUAUGGACAAUUCCGCUCGUGGGCUUUUCUUCUUUUCCACUUCUCUUCAGACGAGACCCUAAAUCAUACUUGGACAGCACCUCCAACUUCACCGGCGCGGAAAACGACCGCAUUUGGCGCGAUCCCACCAAGAUUUAUAGAAAGAUCGUAGAGUAUACAACUUUUCGAAACGCGACAAUUGCGCAGUAGAUCGACUUGCAGACAUGGCGAGCACACCCACCGAGCACCCUGCCACGACGGCGACGUUCCCAUCCCGCCAGAAACCGAUCCCUUUUUCAUUCGAAAAUGGGCAACGCACCCAACUCUCCUCCAUUCUCCCACCUCUCGUGUUUGGUACCGCGACAUUCAACCACCAAUACAAUGACGAUCCGUUUGCCAUGGACACCACUGGCUUGGUGACAUCAGCGUUGACACACGGCAUCCGCGCCUUCGACACAUCGCCCUACUACGGUCCGUCCGAAGAGCUGCUUGGCAAUGCGCUCGCGACGCCCUUCGUGCGCGAAACAUUCCCACGAAACUCGUACAUGAUCCUGACUAAGGUUGGGCGGAUAGGCGGCUCGGAGUUCGACUACAGCAAAGAAUGGGUCCGACAAAGUGUCAGGCGGAGCUUGGAGAGGCUACACACCGACUACCUCGACCUUGUAUAUUGUCACGAUGUCGAGUUUGUGAGUCCCGCCGAGGUCCUCGAGGCCGUCAGGGAACUCAGGCGCAUUCGAGACGAUGAGGGCACAAUCAGGUACAUCGGUAUCUCAGGGUAUCCGCUCGAUGUGCUGGGCGAUAUGGCAGAGUUGAUUCUGCGCGAGACGGGCGAACCACUAAACGCGGUACAGUCCUACGCCAACUUCACACUUCAGAACCAAACACUUGCGGGCCCGCGCGGCAUUCAGCGUUUGCGCAACGCAGGUGUAGACGUGGUCCCUAACGCAUCGAUUCUGGGCAUGGGACUGCUGCGCCGGCAGGGCGUGCCAUGUGGUGCGCUGGGCGAUUGGCAUCCUGCGCCGAGCGCGCUGCGCGCUGCAGUUCGCAACGCCAGCGACUUCUGCGACUCGUAUGGUGAAAAGCUGGAAGUCAUCGCCAUUCGCUUUGCGCUAGAGACAUGGAUUUCUGCUGGUGCGCUGUGCGGUUCGAAGGGCGAUCCUGCUUCUGGUGUACCCUGGAAGCUCGAGUCCAACGACGACGUCGGCGGUACAAAGCUCGGUGUGUCUGUCAUCGGUGUGUCGCGCGCACCUGAGCUCGAGAAGACGAUGUUGGUCUGGCGCUCCAUUCUCGACGGGCUCGAGGGCGGCGAAGAGACCGCUGUGCAGGCUGGGCGAUGGUACAGGGCGUGGGAAUGGUCGAGGAACAGGAGACAGGCUGUGCAGAUCCUGGCUGAGGGAAUUCAGGAGAUUCUUCAAGAUGGUUUCGACUUUGCAUGGGCUAGCCCUGAUCCAGGAUAUGUCAAUCAGAAGAAGAAGCAGAAGGUGGUAGAGGAGAGUGAUGCGCCAUGGUUAACGCCAGCGGCGAGUCCUGAGGCUAAGCCGGUCAAGGAUGGUGCAGAAGUCGCUGAGGAGAAGAGCCUGCCGUUGCGGUGAUGCGGCGAAUGAGGAGAGAACAGCAUAUUGAGAUGAUUUGAUGAGCACAUAUUCGUAAAAGCUAGAAUUGAUAUCCGGUACUUGCUUGCUGCGUUUGGAACAGACAGAUGAACAUUCACUUCAAGUAUGCGUUCACAGUUGUCUCU